AUGGGCACAGCAACCUUCAACUCCCAGUACAACGCAGACCCCUACGCCCUCCCAACAACAGAACUCGUCCACCGCGCCCUAUCCCACGGAAUCCGCGCCUUCGACACAUCCCCCUACUACGGUCCCGCCGAAGACCUCCUCGGCCAAGCCCUCUCCUCGCCCGCAAUCACCACCUCCCACCCAAGAAACACAUACCACCUCCUCACAAAAGUAGGCCGAAUCGCCUCCUCCUCAUUCGACUACUCCCCACCCUGGAUCCGAUCCAGCGUCCGCCGCAAAGUUUUAACUGCGGUGCGCGAAUUGCGCCGGCUUCGCGAUGAAGAGGGUGUCCUGCGCUACGUUGGUAUCUCCGGGUACCCGGUCGACGUACUCUCGACACUUGCGGAAAUGGUACUCGUUCAGACGGGGAUGGAGUGCCGAUUGGGUCUAUGGGGGGAUUUUCAUCCUGCGCCUGAUGGGUUGCGGGGUGUUGUUCGUGAUGCGGCGGGUGUUGUUGAUGGGCGCGGGGAGAAGUUGGAAGUUGUUGCUAUUCGGUUUGCGCUUGAGUCUUGGCUUAGGGAUGGGGCUGGGGCUGGUGGUUUGGGGCCGCCGAUGGCGAAGGGUGUUGAUUCGGAUCCGGGUUUCAUUUCUGUUAAGAGUGUUGGUGCUGGGAGGAGGUUGGGGGUUAGUGUUAUGGGGGUUAGUAAUGUUGCUGAGUUGGAUGAGACGUUGAGGGUUUGGAAUAGUAUUGUUGAGGGGCUUGAGAAUUGUGAGGAUGGGGAGUUUGAAGGAAAGGGUACUUCGACUCCGACGACUUCGAAUAUUUUGACGCCGUCGGAGGGAUUGAUUACUGAUCGGGCUUGGUCUCGUACGCGCCGCACAAAUAUUUUGCAGCUGGCUGCGGAGAUUCGUGAUGUUAUUGGGGAGGAGUGGGUGGAUUAUGUGUGGGCAAGCCCUGAUGCGGACUUCAAGAAUUCGUUGUCUGAGGAGCAUCUCGCUCUCGUUAGAAGCCUUGAGGUCGAAGGGGAGCCCAUCGAUUCUCCUGCCAUUGACGAUUCUACUCUGGAUGAAGGAAUGUUGACCCCGCCGUUGGAUGUGGAGAGACGGCUUGAGUGA